AUGGUUCGAUGGUGGACUAGAACGCCUCUUUUACGCCAGUUUGCAUCCUCACAAGAGUCAAGUGACUCUGAAAUCGAACUAGCGAGAAAAUGGCUGCGGAAGCUAAACUUCAAAACGAUUCCCCGUCACCUUUGCCCUUUCAUUCAGCCGUUCAAGUGGCCCCGGAAGUCAAAACGUCAAUUCAAAGGCCACUUUGAAAAUAUCAUUCACCUCGCUGUUCUCGUUGGUUCCUGGUCUACUCCAUUCUUAAAUACUGGCCUCUCGGUAUACCGCCGACCGUUCCCAGUCCUUGAUUAUACAAGCAAUCGACGGAGAAGUAAAUACGAUGAUUGA